GCUACAAACCUAACAAUGAGUAUUCUGAGCUCCGUUAUCUUUUUCUCUUUUUUAAUUUUUGGAGAAGCAAAUCAAACCUUAACUUCCAAUGCAGACUGUGAUGAUCCUAAUGUAUUUAAUGCAGUAGAUGUGGCAUUGAGACUCUACAAUGAGGAAAAAACGUAUGGCAACCAAUUUCUUCUGUACCGAAUCACAGAAGCCAAAAUCAGGAAAGAUGAUGAUGGGACACAUCAUUUUGUCACCUAUGAAGUACAUGAAGGUUCCUGUGGAGUGAAAAGUGCUCUACUCUGGCAAGAAUGUCCUUUUAAUACAUCUUUAGAGGAAUUUACUGAAUGUUCUGCUCAUGUUUACAGCAACAAGAAGAAUAUUAGUGAUGUCUAUUUUCAGAACUGUACAUAUAAAGGAGUUUGUGUUGACUGCCAUAUAGAAUUGGAUCCAGAUGACCCAGAGCUGCUGAAUAUGUUACAACAAGUUAUUAAUGAAUUUAAUUCUGAAAAUAACCACACCAAUCUGUACAACAUUCGUUCUGUUACAGAAGCAACCAGAAAGGGAACAGAUGAAAAAAUAUUUGAAGUGAGAUUUAUAAUUGAAAAGACGAAUUGUUCUAAGACUGAGUAUGCAAUACCAGGAUAUAAGUGUCACUUUCUAUCUGGAGAAUCCCAGCAAUGUAGUGCCCAGAUUAAUGUUACAAAAGAGGCUAAAGUUUAUUCAAGUACUCAAUGUUCUCUGCGAAUUCUGUUUAUGGGAAAUACUCCAAUGGCAGUAAUACGAGGGCUGACCCCUUUCCGUACGUCUGGUCAAUUUAGCAGGAUGGAUAGAUAUACAAAAAUGAAAAAAAAACUAAGAGGACCAAGAGGCAUUAAUAAUAAAGAUGAAGAAAGCCGCGGACAAAUCAAGGAAAAAGUCUACAGGAAGAUUAGAGAUUUUUCAAACAAUUCUGACUCUUCUGGAAAUGCAUUAGAAAUAAAAAUCAAGCUGCAAGUAGAUAACACUUCUCAGCCAGUGACAAACCAGGUUACAGAUCAUGGUUCAAAUGUAGAAAGAAAUAGCAUAAAUAUUUAUAGAAAACCAAAUGCUACAAUUGUCUUAAAUUGUCCUGGAAAAUUAUGGAAACCUAAAGUUUCUCAUUUAUCUAAAUCCAAUUUAGAAGUGUUGUUUGGCUAGAGAGGACAUCUGGUUAUUCUCCUUAUAAUAAACCAUUAUAUAAGGGCAAUUCAAUAAUUCUCUAUACAUAUAAAUUUGAAGGAAAUAGGUAAAUAGAUUUAGAACGUUUAGGAAAUAUUGUAAUUUAAUGUUUACUGGAUUAGGCUACAUGGUGUAUUGCUUUUCAGUUUUGUAUGAUCAAUAUUGUUAAAAUAUACGUCUAAGGCUAAGGCUAUAGUUUCAUUUCCAAAGUAAUUUUGCUCCUAACUUACUUCUAAAUGCAUGUCACUUAUUUACAAAACAACUAUGCAUGAGGUUAAUAUUAACCUUAAAAAGAAAGUCAGAACUGCAAUGUAUAAUAAUUAGGAAUAUUAUUUGCAAGCAUCAUACAAUGUAUCAUUUCUGAUCAUCCUUCAGAUUUAACUUAUGUUGAGAAACUGUGCAAAUUAACAGACGUAGACCAACCUUUUGACAAAGGCAUAAGUAUCUGCUGUGAAGUGAAUUUAAAGACUAUUAAAAGUCUUUAAAAUUAAUACAUAUAUGAC